GCGCUACUUUGGCCCUGAAGUUGUUGGCGCCGGGAUAGAGCUGGGGUCGCAGCAUCGCCAUGGCAGCGCUGAGACGGCACGCUUUAACAAGAAACCUACCCAAUGACACUUGCCUUUGCCUCCUUUUGAGGAUUUCAUGCCUCCUUUUGAGGAUUGCAUUGACGAUCAUGCACAAUCCUGCAGCAAGAGCGAGAGAGAGAAGAACCAUCGGCUCAGUUGUGAUCAUGUGACGUUUGUUGUCACAUACGGCUUGUAUUUGUUCGUGGAGAAAGUUCUGAGGAGGCUUUUCCCUAGUGUUCCCUGUGGCCAAGAAAAGAGGGUACCCGUGGCUCCAGCUUCUGGAAACCCAGCUGAGAGGGUGGCCACUACGGACCUCAGGGGCAGGAGUGCCACCACCUUGACAGGUGGAGACUCCAAGGUCCCUCCUCGAAGGCGGCUCUACACGGCGAGUUUGCCUCCUGAGGGGUACGUCCCAGCCCCCCCAGAGCCGCAGGCCAGCCCGGCCUCCGAGGACAGCUCGGGCAGCGAUGACGCGGGAAAAGGAUGCCCCCUCUCAGAUCAGGAUUUUCACGAUCAACCAAAGAGAAGAAGAGCUAGAAAGCACAAAUCAAAGAAAAAUUUUAAAGAUCCCAAUAAUAUUCAUGGAGAACAAGAAGAAUUAGAGAAACAGCAGAGUCUUUUGCAAGAAAAAUUGCAGCCACAGUGCACAGAUGGCCCCACCAUCAGCAGAAAUAAAAAAAGGAAACUGAAAAAGAAACAGCAAAUUAAAAGGAAAAAAGCAGCCGGCGUGAUCACCAAAGCUUCUGGCGUCAACUUCCUGUACCAGCCUGAGCAGAGCGACAGCGAACGCGACGUCGAGCAGCAAAGUGAUGGCGAGGACGGAGCAGACGCCCGCGGGGGGGAUGGCGCAGACGCCCGCGGGGGGGAUGGCGCAGACGCCCGCGGGCACUGCAGUACAGACCCCGGCGAGGAAAACCAUAAAGACAGCAAUGAGGAAGGUGUUAAAAGUAUCAAUGAAAAGGCGGCUGGUAUCCUGAAUUUUCUAAAGUCAACACAAGAAAUUUAUUUUUAUGACGGUAUCUGCCAGGAUCCAGGCUCGGCCGUCCUCCUGGAAACCACUCAGGAGCUAUUUAAGCAUCUUGACGGUCACGGCCUGUCCCCCUCAGAUGUGCUCCUGCUGGAUCACAUGAAAAGCCUGUUACUUCUGCAAGAUACCCAAGGGCUGAAACGAGCCCUCGAAAUGUUCCCGGAACGCUGCACACUGCCGCCAGGCACUGGACACGUGUUCAGACGCAUGAACGAAAAGGGGCCUGCCGAUUUCUUUGCGGGAAUGCCAAAGUAGCCGUGAUGGCGGUCCCACCAGAAAGCUCGAAAGCUCGGGCUGCACCCCGGAGCCCAGACAUCCCAUCAGGAGAAAGGACAGGCGAGUGCAGGGAGGCGCUUCCGAGGUCAGGUGAGUGAUGGGACCGCGAGCCUUCGUUCUCACGUUGAGGGGCUCGGUCACCGAGCCCCGGUCCUGGCGGAGCUGGCUGCUGGAGCCCCUCCCUGCCCCUCUCUGCUCCUCUCUGCUCUCAGCUGCCGUAGCCUCAGAGACCUGGGCAGGCGAAAGCCCGCCCUUGGGCACGGUGUCCCGGCACGGAGACGAAGAUGGGAUGAGGACGUGAAACACGUCAUGUACGCACUGGGGCCGCAGCCGGCAGAGAAAGAAAUCCGCAGGAGGGGACAUUCUUGCAGCCGAGGACAAAUGCGCAGGGAUGGAGCGUGUCGGGCACCAUGUGGUGGGAGCAGGUGGUGGCUGUGGACAGGCAGGAGAGAGGCCUGCCUGGCCGUGGUGUCGGCCCCGGUGCAAAGUCAAGCCAAGGCACGAGCAAAGACCCCAGCUGUCGGGUUGAGACCAGAGUGAAGUGUCCGGAGUGGGAGGCCAGGGGCUUUGAUUGUGCUCUGGCUGAAAGAGGCCAUCCGGAGGUGUGGUAGGUUCAGGUCGGCUGCGCAGGUGGAACCCACAGCAUCGCUGGCCGACCAGGCGUGGGGCCUGCACCCCCGGAAGAGCCUGGUGGCCAGUCAUGAGCUGUGACACUCGGGGUGAGACAGGGACCCUUGGGAGCCAGGGUCACAUGCUGGCUGGACACCCAGCUGGGGGACUUAGGAUGAGGCCCUUCACGGAACAGAGAGGGUGGAGGCUGGAGACCCCGCCCAGGGCCACUGCAGGGGGAGGCCAGGGGGAGCCUGAAGGGAGGGGUUUCAAGCUGGCAGCAUCGCAGCGGAGGAGAGGCUGACAGACCCCAGGGCCCUUCUGCUGAGGAGCCAGGCUCGCGGGGCGCGGGGCGGCCAUAGCUUGCUCGGAGAGGUCAAUCCAGGGUCCGCAUACAUUGUUGGUUGUCCUAUACUGAGCAUUUAACUAAUUUCAAUUUCCAGAAGUUGUUUCUCAAAUUGUGAAAAGCCAGUUUUAUUAAAUUAAAUAUGAAGUUUUUGUGAGACAAACAUAAGUCACUUAAAACUUUUUUAAUUUGGGGGGCACCUGGGUGGCUCAGUGGGUUGAGUAUCUGACUCUUGAUUUCGGCUC